GUCUGUUGGCGUCCGCUACCCUCAGCCUGCUGCCCUCAGCCUGCUGCCCUCAGCCUGCUGCCCCAGCAUGCAACAGCAUACAGGACAGCACCGGCCGCCACAGACUCAUAAAACAUCUUCAUCCAUCAUGUGACUGCAGACGUUUACCAUACACGAAAGCGAAUGAAUGAUGUGCAAUAAGAACACACCCCCAGAAAUGAAAGAACUUGUUUCUUAGUUACAGGUUUUGGCGUUUUGAAUUGCCUCAGCCCGCUUGGGUGAGAGGGAUUUGCCUUCUGCUGUGAUCACGUGACCCAAAAAUGUCACUGCCUGUUGAACAAACUGUAAUUUAGAAAGGCUUGCUUUAUGGCCUUCUGCAGCUAAAUGUUUUAGCAGUCUUCUCACAUUGUUCCUGUGUUGGGCUGCAAAUCAUUAGUAGUAAGUGGUACCAACUGGACGUCUCUUUUAGUGUGCACAGUAACGGAAAAAACUUUUUUGUAAGUAUUCAAUCGAGGACAGUAGAACAUGGAUGCAUCCUUCGCUUCGACGUGUUCAUGAAAAAGGGCCUAAAUCUUCCCAAUUGUCAGUUUCACCCUUAGAAAUUGAUAUGUGGUGCAGAAUUAGCAACAUCAAACAUUCUUAAGUGAACAGGUGUAAGCUGGACUAAGGCAUCGUAGAAAAGGUUUCAGUCAUAGUCAUCUGGACACUUUUCAGAAUCAAGACGUUUGUGACAAUUCACACUCCUGGACGAAUGAGGGACGACACCGUCUGGACUAAGGCAACACAUCUGUGCUCAGACCAAUAUAGAUGUGUGACAGUCAGCCUUUCAUCUUUGUGCCAUUGUUUCUCAUAUGAAGGAUCAGGGCCCAAAGAAACGAUGUGCAGUGUAAAGAGUCAUGUUGCAUGUACUGUGUGUGUAAAGGGGAAGUGCACUUCACUCAAACACAGCUCACUUAUGUCCCCAACUGUUAGCUUCCACUGAUAUGUCUACAGCAACUGGUCAGGAUCAUAUUUCACAAAUAUGUGAGAACGUGGUUCAGAGUCAACAUUUGUUAUGACUUUUAAACCCUCAGGAGUAGAUAUUAACCCAAUUCCCAAUCGACACGAGAUCACAUCCCAGAAGAUUAAUUGGACAACAAUCGGGUAACAAAAAUGAGUGUUUAAACCUUAGAUUGUUUUUUCAUCAGAACAAUUCAAAGGGACUGUGAAAUGCUCCAUUACCACAUUGCCUGACACUCCAAUUGAGUGCUGUAAUGGCAAGAAUAAACGGACUGCAUGACUGUAUAACAUACACAGGACUCUCUGAUUUAACACAUAUAUGACUCUUUUGUGUACCAGGCACAUCACUGUUUGGUGUCAAUACUUGAUCUGUGUAUGAGAACAGUUCAUUGAUAAUGAUGAGAUGGAACUAUGAAACAUGCCAUUGACUGUUGUGUCCAGACUUCAGGGACACUGAGGAGCCUGACCCUGAAGACUGGAUAAAUAACUGAUGCUCCUCUCCCUCUGGACUCAUUCAGAGCAGAUUAUACUGAUGUAUGUUUCUGCUGCUGUGAGUCCGUCUGCAGACGCUUGAAGUAAACCUGCAGAAAGACGAGUGAUUGCCUCGAGUGUUUCUUUUAUCUGCAGUAUUAACACCGCAAUUUCACUCGUGUGAGAGGACUUGGGCGCUCGGAGCGGCAGGUUAAGACCGUGCACGGCUGGAGUCUGGGACUCUUUACCUCAACCUCCCCGGGAAGGAAGGUGGAGACGAGGGGGUCUGCCGCCCUGAGUGUCCGAGGCUCGCUGUGAUCCAGUGAACCCAGUGGCUGUGGCAGCACUCUCUUACUGGUGAGUUUAUUCAGCGAGGCCCGGGGUUCUUGCUACCGUGACGGGUGUGCGUGACAGGCGUGUCAGCGGGGCAGGUCAGGGGCCGCUGUGUGAAUCACUGCAGUAUUUUGGCCAAAUGUUUCACUGUCAGACAGGGUAUUCCUUACAGACAGAAAUAUUGAUGCGUGUGAGUGUAUUAACACAUACAAGAAAGACAAAAGUGAGCGGCAGAUAUGAGGACAGUAGGGGUUUCAGGAACCUCCCUGGUGGAAAGGUACACCACACCAUUGUCAUGCAGUGAAGAAAUUGAGAAAUACUUUAAACAUUAAUUUUUGUUAUCUAAACGAUGCCCGAUCAAUAUUAUCGGAAGAGAUAUGAUGAAAAGAUUAGGAAUUAUCCUGAUUUCCACUCCCGAAGGCAUCGUUGUAGCCAGAAUUUCUGACACUGCAUCACAGUAUGUGAAACACAGUCGCAGGGAGCUGAUGUACUCUUAUCAAUGGAAACUGAAUCACACAGCUGCUGGCUCUGUAAAUAACACUCUGAUAACUGAGGUCAAAGCUCUCUUUCCAGACAACUAUCCACGAACAGACAUCACGUCGCCACAAGAGUUACACUGCACAUCACAUGUACAUCUUAGGGUUGAUAAACAUUUUGAGGACACAUGGUUCAGGCAAGACAAAGAGAGAAACACACUAAAGCUGACCUGGUUGUACUGGAAUGAUAAAAGAUGCACUGUCUCAGUAGCUUUCAAUGAUCCACUGUGUGAAGCUUUGUUUCAGGUCCCUAACACAUGUCCUCAUGUCCCCCUGGUCAAAGCAAAGCAGGAUACAUGGGAGUGCUUGGGUCCUUGGACCAGACGUUGUGAGGAAGCUGCUGGUUGGGUAAAGACAUCAGACUCAGGAGUGAUUAUUCCAUGUGCAAGAUCUCCAGUCCGGACACCUAGUUUCCCCGUAAGAAAACUCCAGGACGCCGGAGAGCCACAACAGUGGAGGUUCAGGCAAGACUUGCAGGCGGUAAAUGCAGCGGUACAUGCACAAGCACCCAAUGUUCCCAACCCAUACACAAUACUCUCACAGGGGCCACCUGGGAGUAAGUGGCUUUCAGUUGUUGACCUGGCUGACGCUUCUUUCAGCAUCCCAGUGGAUCCUGACAGCCAGUACUGGUUUGCGUUCUCUUUUGAAGUUAAGAGUUUUACAUUCACCAGACUCGUCCAAGGGUAUUCGGAGAGUCCUGGAAUCUUUAACGAUGCGUUAAAAAAAAACAAUCUGGAAACGUUAAAAUUGACAAAAGGAAGUGCGCUCCUACAAUAUGUAGAUGACCUCACGAUCUGUUUAAAAACAAGAGAAGGCUUUUGUGGACUUAAAGCUGGCCCUCCAAACACCCCCAACUCUCGGUCUCCCUGA